AUGAUAUGGGCUUACGUGUCUGAUGAUUUUGAUAUUAAAAGGGUUACUAGAUCAAUCAUAGAAUCUGCAAGUGGGAGCGAAUUUAAUCUCACAGAAAUGGAUUUAAUGCAGCUUAAGCUUAGAAAGUUGAUUGGAAACAAGAGACUUUUACUCGUGUUGGACGACGUUUGGAAUGAGAAUUAUGAAAAAUGGAAUAGGCUGAAAACUGUGUUGAUUGGUGGUGCUUGGGGAAGUAAAGUCAUAGUGACUACACGUAGUGAACGAGUUGCUUCUAUCAUGGGAACAGUCGCACCACAGCUUUUAUCGGGUCUAUCAGAGGAUGAUUGCUGGCUGUUACUUGAAAAAAGGGCAUUUGGAUUGGGGAGUUGCGAGAAGACCCCAAAUUUGGUAGGAGUUGGGAAGGAGAUGGUAAAAAAAUGUGGAGGGGUUCCAUUAGCAGCAAGCUUUAGGAAGUUUGAUGCGUCUUAG